ACAUUCCCCUGCGAAACCAUAACCAGAGAACAACUUUACACACCCACACUUUUCUCUCCAAUUUGCUAUCUGAGUCGUGAGUGAAGGAGAGUGACAGUAAGGGAAUCUCUGCUGAAAGAACUGGUACCCAACAUCGCCGUGGUGCCUUAAUAACCUCGCCGCCGGAGUUACUAAGGAACUGCGGGUCGAAGUUGCACUGAACCACCAUAGGAACGAAGGUCUAAGGGAGCCUGGGAAGCUGCCGCUGAACGCCACUGAACGCCGGAUAAAUGGGAGGACUCGCCGGAGAAGAAAGCCGGUGGUGGCUGGGCUGGUUUUCACGCCGGAAAAGAGAAUGGUUGAGCGCUGUGGAAACCAUGUCAUGUGGAAGGGCCACUGCAGCAUCGCCGGAGAAAGUUUCGCUGGGUCAGAACCACCGGACUGCGUAGACGCCGGAAGGAAAGAGAAGCCGCCUGGGAUCAACCAUGAUCGUCCGCGUCGCUGAAGCUGCUGGAGAAGAUGACCUCCUGCCUCCAUGUGCGUACGCAAUUCUUAUACUCCGUAUUACUCCGUAUUAAUAUCGACGGGCUGGAGUGUUUAUUAAUAUGGGCUCGUAUUAAAUUAAAUGGUCCGAACUGUUUAAGGAAUGGAGGAGAAAUUAGUUAUUCUGGGCAGCCCACCCCUAGGCUCCAUUGACAGAGCUGCGACCACUUUCAUCGACCAGAUCCGCCUCCACUUGCACCGUCCAGAUCUGCCGCCACAUGCAGCGGCUAGAUAUGUGAACCCUAACCGCAAGCCAUUAAUAGAUCCAACAACGUCGUUGCGUCGCUACCACCGCCAACGUAUGCCACAUAGCCACAAAACCCUAGCUUCUGUCAGAUAUCCCUAUCAAUGGUUAUUCUCCCCUCGUCACACAAAUCGGACGGAAUCAACAAUCGGUCCGAGAAGAAGAGCAAAAUGAAGAAGGUGAUGGAUGCUAAGGGAAGGAGAUGAGUGAUGUGAGUUUUCUCGCACUUAAAAAAAUUGUAGAAUAGUGGUGAAAGUACGAGUAUCGUCUCCACAGGGACGGACCAAAGGGAAUCAAGAAUUAAUUAAACUCAACGAUUAAAAAUAAAUAAAAUAAAUGCGGUCGUGCGAG